GAAUUCCACUGAUCACUUUCUCUUUCAAUAAAACCAAUAAAGUUUUCGCUUUUCGUCUCUAUCGGUGACCCCUUCCACCCCGAUAUAGCUUUGGGGUCGCCUGGAAUCAUAGAAAAAGUAAAAAAAAAAAUCGUAAAAAAAUCGAAACGGUUAUUCAAUCUCUAUAUUAUUAAUCGAAUCUAAUCCAAAAAAGAUUUUUUAUUUUUAGUUUUUUGUUCAGUUUUUUAAAAAUAAGUUUCAACCAUGUCGGAAAUGGCGAACACUGAUCCUGAAGGGAUCGACGCCGUUAGGAUGACGUGGAACGUUUGGCCGCGUACUAAACUGGAGGCGAGUGCCUGCGUGAUUCCGUUGGCAGUUGUCAUUGCUCCGAUACGUCAUCACCCGGACAUUCCGACGCUCCCUUACGCGCCCCUGCGGUGCAAGUCGUGUGCGGCGGUGCUGAACGCCUUUGCCCGCGUCGAUUUCGCCGCUAAAAUCUGGAUAUGCCCGUUCUGUUACCAGCGCAACCAUUUCCCGCCGCACUACGCCAUGAUCUCCGAGACGAACCUGCCUUGCGAGCUCUACCCGCAGUUCACCACCGUGCAAUACUCGCUCCAACCGACUCCCGAUCCGAACAACCCUUCCGCUCAUCCUCAGUUGCCGCCCGUGUUCGUGUUCGUGUUGGACACGUGCAUGGUCGAGGAGGAGCUUGAUUUCGUUAAAUCGGCGAUGAAGCAGGCUCUCGGGUUGUUGCCGGAACACGCGCUCGUCGGGUUCGUUUCGUAUGGGACUCAAGUGCAUGUACAUGAAUUGGGAUUCUCCGAUAUAUCAAAGGUCUAUGUUUUCAGAGGUAAUAAGGAGAUUUCAAAGGAGCAAGUGUUGGAACAGUUGGGCCUUGGUCCUGCCGGGCGGCGGACAGCUGCCGGAUUUCGGAAAGGGAUACAAAAUGGGUACUCAAAUUCGGGCAUCAACCGGUUUGUAUUGCCUGCUUCCGAUUGCGAAUUCACGCUCAACUCGAUGUUGGAUGAGCUGCAAACGGACCAGUGGCCUGUACAACCCGGUAAUCGGGUGUCAAGGUGCACCGGAGUCGCCUUAAGUGUUGCAUCGGGAUUGCUUGGAGCCUGCACGCCUGGAACUGGUGCUAGGAUUGUUGCUCUGGUUGGUGGUCCAUGCACCGAAGGGCCUGGGACGAUUGUUUCGAAGGACUUAUCGGAGCCUGUACGUUCACAUAAAGAUCUCGAUAAGGAUGCUGCGCCAUAUUUUCGGAAAGCAGUCAGAUUUUACGAUAGUCUUGCGGAACAGCUUGUCAACCAGGGUCAUGUGCUAGACCUUUUUGCAUCUGCACUUGAUCAGGUUGGGGUUGCUGAAAUGAAAGUUGCAGUUGAGAGAACAGGUGGCCUCGUUGUUCUAGCUGAAAGUUUUGGUCAUUCUGUCUUUAAAGGCUCUUUCAGGUGUAUGUUCAAGGAUGGAGAACAAUCUCUUGGCCUAUGUUUUAAUGGCAUGCUUGAGGUCAACUGCUCCAAAGACAUCAAAAUUCAAGGGGCCAUUGGACCUUGCACAUCUUUGGAGAAGACGGGAACUAAUGUCUCUGACACGAUCAUUGGGGAGGGGAACACUACGACAUGGAAAAUGUGUGGCCUCAACAGGAGUACGUGCUUGUCGGUCUUGUUCGAUAUUUCAGCAACCGAGCGAUCGAAUGAUCCAGGUGGUGCAAAUUCACAGCUCUAUUUGCAGUUUCUUACAAGUUAUCAAGACCCCCAAGGUAAAACAAUGCUUCGAGUUACGACCGUGACGAGACGAUGGGUGGAAAGUGCUGUCGGUACAGAGGAACUAGUACAAGGUUUCGAUCAAGAGACGGCAGCUGUUGUAAUGGCAAGAAUAACUUCUCUGAAGAUGGAGAUGGAGGAGGGAUUUGAUGCUACACGGUGGCUAGAUCGCAGUCUCAUUCGACUUUGUUCGAAAUUCGGCGAAUAUAGUAAGGAUGAUCCAUCAUCCUUUACAUUAAACUCUUGUUUCUCUCUGUUUCCUCAGUUCAUGUUCAACUUGCGGCGCUCACAGUUUAUACAGGUUUUUAACAACAGUCCAGAUGAAACCGCCUAUUUUCGCACGUUGUUAAACCGAGAAAACAUUACGAAUGCAGCCGUUAUGAUCCAACCGUCAUUAAUAUCGUAUUCGUUCGACUCACUGCCUCAACCGGCAUUAUUGGACGUGGCUUCGAUUUCAGCUGAUCGUAUUCUCUUGCUCGAUGCGUAUUUCAGUGUCGUUAUAUUCCAUGGUAUGACGAUAGCACAGUGGCGCAACAUGGGUUACCAGCAUCAGCCUGAACAUCAGGCAUUUGCACAGCUUUUGCAAGCACCCCACGUCUACGCCGAAAUGAUUAUUCAGGAACGCUUCCCCGUCCCUAGAUUGGUUGUAUGUGAUCAGCAUGGAUCCCAGGCAAGGUUUUUGUUAGCAAAGUUGAACCCAUCAGCAACAUACAGUAAUCCCAUCAACAUGGCUACCGGAUCAGACGUAAUCUUUACCGACGACGUAAGCCUACAAAUCUUCUUUGAGCACCUUCAGAAGUUGGCCGUGCAAUCUUGACCGUAGAAAACAGUUGAAAGAUGUAGCAUUUCGGUACCGGAAUUUCCGCCAGCGCGAGUACUUAUCCCGUCUAACCUCCUCCAUUCCAUUUGGUUCUUUUCCUUCCCAUCAGUCCUACGAAUGAGAGACCGGGUACCCCGCAACACUUGAAAAGUAAGAAUAGCACCAUUCAUUGGACGAGUGCCGUGAAGGUGUCGGCACAGCAACGACGAAGGCAUCGGAUCGGGCCAAUUAGGAACACAUGUGAAGGAAUAUAAGUUCUAGGAUACUGGUCGCAGUCUAUAUGCUGUAAUUUGAGUUUCAGAUCAUAAGAGUUAUGAUC